UAUUAGGUCAUUUCCGUGGUGGAAACAAUGGUGGAACGCUGAGAUUUGUAAGGAAAGGCAACGUUACACCAAACCCUAGUACAUUCGAUUUAGUUUUAAAUAGUGCCUCUAUUGCGCCCAAUCAUGGCCAAUAAUAAUAUAAUCUUUACACCCUUUUUACCACUGAAGAAGAAACCCGAUCGAGAUUCUGAGUGGAGAAAAUUAAAGGACAAAUCCAGAAAUCGGAUUAAUAUCGGAGAAGCUUUUACCAGAUGGAGGAACCUCAAGGAGGAGAAAUCUAUGCCUACAGAUGCCGAAGUGGCCCUGUUUUUGCUUGACAGGUUAGCUGCCCCCCCUCCACAACCUGCUGCCCCCCCUCCCUCCCCAGAAGAUAUAAUUGUGAACAUCGACUGCCUGCUGCAGCUGUUUCAGCGGUGUGAGCAGUGCAGGCGUGAGAGUGUGAUCCAGACGCAGGGAGACAGGACAUGCCUCUCUGUGACCCAACACUGCCAGAGCUGCAACCACCGCAGGACAUGGGCAAGCAACACAUCUACUGUCCAGACAAUGCACAAAGGAAAUGGGGACGAGCCACAGAAUAUUCAGGUUGACAUGCAGGUGGCCCUGCCAUCUGAGGACACAGAUGGAGCCUUGCCGUCUGAGAACCGAGAUGAGGCUCUGGAUCUGACUGGCUCUUUGGAGAUGGAGGUGACUGUAGACCAGCCACCAAGACCAGGAGGAAGUGGCAUGUCCCUGGUGAGGGGGAAAAAUGAGGGGAACAAAGGAACAGAGGAGAGAAAGAAAGUGACUAAGGUGGUGUUGGACAGUGAGAUGGACUGUGCACGAAGCCAGGAGGACAAUGGCCUGUCCUCACAGGAGAAUGAGGAAGGAGAGGAGAGAAAGGGAAAGUUCCUAGGUGGUGAACAACAGGAGAAUGGUGCUGAGCAGCGGGCCUCUAUUGAAGUGACAAUAUACUCUAUAGAGCCUGAGGACUCUGAAAGCCCUACCUCUCAGAUAGACAGAGGAGAGAAGACGGAGGUCGCUGCAGAUGGGUGUGAGGGGGAGGGUGAUAUGUGUGAGAUGGAGGGUGAAGAGACAGAUGAGGAAGAUAGACAGACAGAGAGUGACUCUGAAUUUGAACCAGAAGCUGAGGAAGAGGGACUGAGAGAGAGUGACUCUGAAUUUGACCCAGAAGAGGAGAAACCAACGAGUAGGAGAGGGAGAGGAAGGGGAAGGGGGAAAGGGAGAUGCAGAGGAAGGCAAUUGCAGCAGGCUGCAGGAGAGACUGGUUUGGAUGAGUCUGCUAAAGACUCUGAUGGAUCACCUUCAUCAUCAUCCCAGAGAGACCAGAAGGACCAGGAGUCGUUCAGCGGUGCUGCUGGAGAACUGGACUCUGGGGACCUUGUCAGCAUUCGGCAGAAAUUCAAAUACUCUAAAAAACACCACAUGGUCCUCUGUCCUGAAUGUGGCAUCCUGUACACCACCAGGCUGAAACACCAUAAGUGUGAACACAAGUUCAUGGUCCGCUGUCCAGACUGUGGGCAGGGUUGUGCGAGUGAACUGGGCCUCAAGCAGCACCGGAGGCUACACCGUCAGGACCUUAAGUUUCCCUGUAAGUUCUGCCUCCAAUCCUUCAGGACGCGGCCGGACAAGCUGACCCACGAGAAGACCCACAGAUUCAAAAGAUUAAAAGGUCACAGAUACUACAGCUGCUCAGAGUGCCCACUGAGCUUUGACAACAUCCUCAUACGGAAUCGCCAUCUCAGAGAGCACGAGUCCAAGAGACACAUCUGUCACACAUGUUACAAGGAAUUCAACAAGGGUCACCUCCUGGAGAGGCACGCACUGUCCCACAGUGACGACAAGCCCUUCAAGUGCCAGGUGUGCCAGCGUGCCUUUGCCCAGCUCAGCCAGCUGAAGUCCCACCUGCGUGUCCACACUGGGGAAAGGCCCUUCCAAUGCCAGCGCUGUGACAAGAGCUUCAACCACAACGUCAGCCUCAAGAACCACGUCAGACGCUACCACAGCCCAGACUCAGGGCUGCACCCUGAUGGAGGCACAGAAGUUGGGGGACAGGGGGGGAGGAGGGAAACAGAUGGCAGGACUGGGCAGGAGGGAGGGGAGGUGAGAUCGAGGAAGCCUCGGCAGCAGGUAGAGCUUACCUUUAUGACUGAGUGGGAGAUGUGGGCAGGAGGAGAGGGAGCAAAGAGAGUGGAGGAGAAACCGAGGAAGAGGAAACGCCAGUGCAAUGAUGAUCCUGUAUUCAUUAGUGCACACUCUAGCAAAACAUUUUUGUAACCGAAAAUGAAAACAAGUGUUUGUUAUUGGACAAGUUCAGGUACUGCCUCUCCAUUUUGGCCCGUUUGCUUCUGAUUUGUUCUUAGUGAAUUACUUUUAAAAAAAUUGAACCUUUAUUUAACUAGGCAAGUCAGUUAAGAACAAAUUCUUAUUUACAAUGACGGCCUACCCCAGCCAAACUCUAACGACACUGUGGGACUCCCAAUCAUGGCCGGUUGUGAUACAGCCUGGAAUCGAACCAGGGUCUGUUGUGAUGCCUCUAGCACUGAGAUGCAGUGCCAUAGACCGUUGCUUCACUCAGGAGUCCCAAGACUAAGAGCAGGAAACAUCUCCUGGCACUAGAAUUUGUUAUCCUCAUGUUCUGUCUUUGAACUUAGAACUUUUUUGGAUUCCCAGAACCUGAUUGAAGAAUCUAAAAUAUAUUUAGAUUUGUUAAACUCUA